AUGGCAAGAAGAACAACACAAGUUCUUGACUCCAUCUAUCUGAUGAACACUGUUGAGAUUUUUAGAGAAUCCAUUAGGGUGAUCCUUCUUCACCCUACUCAUUUCCAUUCCAUCUCCGUUUUCCUCUUCUCGCCGCUCCCAGUUUCUCUUUUCUUAUCGCAUUUUCUCCUUCACCAUUUCCCCCAAAUACCUUCCUCAGCUAUAACAAUCACAGAUAAUUUAUUCAUACACGGGCUGCCAAAUUUCCCGUCCAAAACACUAGUUCACAUCAUCGUAUGCACCCCUUCUUCCAUUACGUUCUCUCUUCUUGGAAGAGCAGCCACCAUCCAAGCAGUUUCAGAUAGUUACAAUGGCAUACACCUUGAUGGAAGAAGGCUAUUCAUGAGAAGCGGUUUGGCUUGGAUUAAGCUUCUCCACACAAGGUCUUGGGAGCUCCUCGUUAUACUAGGCCUGUUUGGAGCAAUGGUGGUUGGUUUAGCAGUGGCACCAAAGAUGCUUUACACAUUUGGAAUCAGCUCAGUUGGAAUGGGGUUUUGGGGUGUUGUGGGGUUGCUAGGGAUACCUUUUUGCGUGAUGUUCGCACAUGUAAUGGUGGUGGGGAACAUGGCAAACGUGAUAGCAGUAUUGGAGAGUGAAUGUGACGGACUUGGUUCACUAUGGAAAGCUAAAAAGCUUAUGGAAGGAAGACGACAAACAGGCUUAAUGAUGGCAUUGUUGAGCAACAUAGGGUUGAGGGUAGUUGAGUGUGUAUUUGAGUUGAGAAUAUGCAGGGGAAUCUGUAUGUGGGAAAUCCCUGUAUUGAUAUCAAUGUAUUCUUCGGUUCUUGUUCUUGAAACAGUCAUGAAUGUUGUAUUAUAUUACGCAUGUAAAUCUUGA